UUUUUGUCUGUGGCUUAAGUCAAUUUCUGAAAGGUCAGAAUUGUGAUUCCGGUUAGAAUAAAAAUUAUUAAAAUUGUUUACAUAAUAUCAGCAAUUAUUUUCGUGGAAGUUUAUAAUAAUUAUGUGCUGACAAAUUGAUAAUUAACGUUUCGUAAUGGUAUUCGAGUCUUUACCCCGUACGGUUCGCAUUCUCUUGCUUGGAGAACCUGGAGUGGGAAAAACUUCGCUUAUUCUUUCUUUGGUGACUGAAGAAUUCUCAGAACAUGUACCACCUAAAGCUGAAGAAAUCACAAUUCCCGCUGAUGUCACCCCAGAACAAGUGCCAACCAACAUUGUGGAUAUCUGCAUGGCUGAACAAUCAUUAGAACAAAUUGGUGAAGAAAUAGAAAAGGCACAUGUAAUAUGCAUAGUGUUUUCGGUUGAAAAACAAGAAACACUUAAUAAGAUUGCUUCAUACUGGUUACCGUUUGUAAGGGAAAACUGUCCAGACGACCACAGGAAGCCAGUUAUUCUUGUUGGGAACAAGAUAGAUUUGAUUGACUACUCUGUUAUUGAUCACAUAUGGGACAUAGCUGAAGAAUAUCCAGAAGUGGAUCGUUGCAUAGAAUGCUCAGCAAAAACACUAACAAAUGUCUCAGAAAUGUUCUACAAUGCACAAAAAGCGGUGCUACACCCUAUCACACCCAUUUAUUCUAUUGAGGAACAAGAGCUGACAGAAAAGUGUAAAAAGGCCCUCUCGAGAAUAUUCAAGAUCUGUGAUCUAGAUGGUGACGGACUUAUGGAUGAUUAUGAGAUUACAUUAUUCCAAAGGAAAUGCUUUGAUACUCCACUGCAAUUACAGGUUUUAGAUGAAGUAAAAUCUGUAAUUGCCCAGAACAUUGCUGGGGGUAUAGAGAAUGAUUGUAUUACAAUGAAAGGCUUUAUAUUUUUACAUUGCCUCUUUAUACAAAGGGGAAGGAAUGAGACAACUUGGACAGUUCUCCGCAAGUUUGGAUAUGAUGAAUCCUUAGAAUUGAUGCACAGCUAUUUGUAUGCAAACAUCAAAGUACCGUCUGGUUGUACAUCUGAGCUUUCAUACAAAGGCCAACAGUUCUUGACGCAACUGUUUGAAAAGUACGACAGGGAUAAGGAUGGCAUGCUCAAUCCAACUGAAUUGAAAAAUGUGUUUUCCAGCUGCCCUAGAAUCCCUUGGCACAAUUUGAGAUACACCGUACCUACAAAUGAAAAGGGAUACCUGACGCUGCAAGGCUGGAUGUGUCGCUGGACACUGAUGACGCUUAUGGAUCUACAGAACACAAGUGCCUAUUUAGCCUACUUGGGCUUUAACUUUCUCGAAAACGAGUCACAAAAAGCUGCAAUACAUAUAACCCGCGAGAAGAAGGUGGACAUUGCCAAGAAACAGUCGAGCCGCAACGUGUACCAAUGUCACGUCAUCGGCCCGAGGGCGUGCGGGAAAACUGCCAUUUGCCGGAGCUUCCUUGGCAUCGCACAUAAGAAAAUUAAACCAACCCAAGAGCGCGGCAGCGGCGACAGCACCGACACCUGCUGCAUCAACACGGUCCAAGUGUACGGCCAAGAGAAGAACCUAGUGCUCAAAGAGAUACCCAUCGCACGCGUGUCGGACUCGCUCAACCCCAGCGAGGUCAACUGCGAUGUCGCUUGUUUGGUUUAUGAUGUGUCCGCCAGCCGCUCGUUCGAGUACAUCGCUAGGAUAUACAUUAAAUAUUUCGCCGAGAGUCACAUCCCCGUGCUGAUCGUGGGCACCCGCAGCGACGCCCCCGUCCGGCAGGAGUACAUCCUGCAGCCCGAGGUGUUCUGCAGCAAGUACCAGCUGCUGCCGCCGCAGGACUUCGCCGUGCGCGAGAACCACCGCGACGUGUUCAUCAAGCUCGCCACCAUGGCCGCCUUUCCUCAAUUUCAAGCUGCUUGGAUUUUAUUCAGCAAACGCAGACACUUGAAGCAGUUCGCAAGCUUCGCCGGCGAGAACUCCUCGUGGUGGAAGGCGGGGAUCGGCGUCGCGGCCGCCACCGUCAUGGGGCUCGUGCUUCUAAACAUGUUCAACUUCCAGAAACGAUAACUCCACCUCUGUGGCCGCUGUCCUGUCCCUGUCCCACCGACGGUUACUUACCUUACCUACUAGCGAGUAGAGGCACUCACUCACAGAUAGAUGUGCAAUUUGCGUUUCCUAAAAUUUGGAAAAGUUCUCAGAAAUUUCAGAAAAUUUCUCGUGAAAUACUUUCAUUUUGGAAAUGGCAAAUAUCGAUUCCCAUGCAAAAAUAUGAGAGGUUGCUGAAAUUAUUCCAUGUAGGUAGAAAUUUCGCAAUUUUAGAAACCUUUCUAACGGCAGGCACAUCAUUACUCUUACUUCUUCGGCGAUUUUCCUGUCACGUUGCUCGGAGCAGCUAAUGCGAAAAUCGUUAUCCACAAACCGUAAAUUAUUUUAAGUAUGAAAACCAGUAGGUAGUGUGGAUUUUAGCAUAAUAAUAUUUUAUUGCUUUCACAUUGGUUUUACAGAUUUUCUUAAUCGAUAAUGUAUCACAACAUGACACCCUCUAAGGGUAUUGCAAUUUUAUCUAUCUACUCUAAACUAACACAUAUGUAAAUUAAACAGAGAUAACAUUACACAAAAGUUAUACCUACCUAAGUUCUAUGUAUUACCUAUAUGUCUAUUUAUGGUAUUUAUUACAAUCAAACUAUUAUUGUAUUCUUGGAAUGCGCGCGAUUAAAUGGGGUUCGGUGCCUGGUACCUAUCCUGGUCCUGCCCACCAUACUCAGUUUAUGCCAUUGAAAUUUAAACCAAAUUAUUUGGAAAAUAGUUAAUUUUCCUUUGAUUCACGUUUUAAGCAAAAGUUUUAGCGUAAACUGAACCUAUCCAGGCUUUUCAUUCUUUAAUUGCUAAAAAUGGAAUAUGUCCUUUAUAAAUCACAUUGGACAGGACGAGGCUAUUGAGUGAGAUAUACAUAGCAUUAGCUGCUUUAUUCGGUCCCUUCCUCGUCGGUGGUGGGACAGCUGCCUAUACAAAUUUGUUGUAUUAGAUCAUCAUCUAUGAAUAGAGUGCAUCUCACACCAAAUACAUUGUUACAUUUGCUUCCUGCAGCUUAAUAUAAUACACAGUAUUUUGUUUUUAAUGUAAAUAAAGUUUUAUUUAUUCCUGUA